AUGGUCCCUACAGCGAGGACACCUCUCCCCUUGCCCCCAGAUUUCCCUGGCACGGCCUGCAACCCCCCGUCCUUUUGCACCGCUGGUUCACCGCGUCGAACUGAGCCAAAGACUCCUCGCCCCGCCCCCUUUUGGGCCGCUGUGAAAACCUGGCUGGCUGGAUCGCCCCGGGGCCCGGUUCCGCGCUCCACCACCCGGGCGGAGACUCGGGUUGCUGGGCCGGAGAGUGAAGUACGCGACGGUAGGAAGCUGCAGCCCCGGCGAGUGGGCGGACGAGGAGACCGAGGAGGGUUCAAAAAGAGGUGGAGGGAUAUACGGGCCACAGUCGGAACUACUUUCAGGGGGAGGUCACGUGUGAUCCUAGUUGGGGAACUUUCCAAAUUCCCACUCCCAUUUGAUAACUCCAGAGGCAAGUGUUUCGCUUCUUUUGCCCAGAGGGCUCCCGCCUUUCAGAAGCAGAGGGACCCCAGAGCCUCCUGGGUCUUGGUGGAAAGACAGGUUCAGACGAGCCUCCCGCUGAAGCGCUGUCGGGACUGGAGCCUGAGGAGCUGGUUACACAAGCACCCACAUCCAAGCACGUGCCCCCGCCUCCCCUCGCCUUGGUCGCUGCCGUUGAUUCUUGCAAAUCUUAGAGCGAGACUUCCCAAACUGGUCGCACCCUUCGCCUGCUACCCCCAGAGCAAGCUAGAGGCCGGAAAACUGAGACUCCGCGUUCUAGAUUCCCUAGCACCGCGACUUCUCAAACCCUGGGGGUCUGGAGCUAGUACACUACCCCUUAGGGCGAAACUUUCAGGUACUGUAUUCUUGGGGCAAAAGGGUAUCUCCGGGCAGCAGCCCGCUGCGUGAAUUUAACGAUGUUGCAACAAACUUUGUCACUGCCUCUGAGCUGGUGAGCGUGCCCCACCUACUGUAGACUCAGCCAAGUGACUUAUCUGGUCGGAGAACCUAGUCAAUGGCCUUCAGCCCAGAACAAACUUGUCAAGUCUGCUUACUUGGGACUGAUAGACCUAUCCCGUGAGGGAGCUGAUUCAGAAAGGCUGACAACCAGAGCGCAUUGACCAGCUGCAAAGUGAAUUGUCCACCUUCGUUUGGAGAGGGUGGGCAGCAAUACCAACCUAGAAUUCCUUCUUUCUAUCCCCUAGGAAGUAGAAUUCAAGUAGAAUUCGAGUCCAAAAGUAUUUAAGUUGAUAGGUUGAGGUACUAAUAGUCUUUUAGAUCUGAGAGAAUGGAAUCAGUUUGCAUUUGUAUUGCUGUAAUUUUGAGUAGGUGCCUAGGAAGGUCUAAAGAGGAUUUAUUCAGUGUAAGAGAAAGAAUAUGGUAUAUGAGCACAUUACAGUUGCAGGCAGCCCCUGAAGACUAGAAACCCCAAGAGAGCUAGUUUAGAAGCCACAGACCAUUACCUAAUUCCAGGACUACUAAUUAAACCAGGGAUAUUUACACUAUUCUUAGAGAUCUCUGAGGUUCCAUAAAACUUUAAAUUUACAUGCAACCUCCUUUUAAGACAGCGCUUCAAGAGUUAGCCACCUGCUGAAUCUUCAGUGUUGGUAAUUAUUGGAGACUGGUUUUGUGUAUGGUCCUGGUCAGCCUAGGGGAAGAAGAGGCCACGAAUGGAAAAAGAAAUAGAGAGCAGCCUAGAAAGAGUAGAAGAAAGGCCUCUAAUUGGUUUCCAAAGAUGAAAAUCUUGGAGUUCCCGUGGCUUACCAGGUUAAGGAUCCAGUGUUGUCACUGCAGCUGCUGUGGCAUGGGUUCGAUCCCUGGCCUGGGAACUUCCACAUGCUGUGGGCAUGGCAAAAAAAAGAAAGAAAGAAAAUGAAAAUCCUGUCCAUGCAGCCUAGUGUAAGCUAGAGAUUUCUUUAUUUUAUAAAUCACCAAGAAUAAGAACUUCCUGAUUUCUAGGUGUUCCAAGAGAUUGAAUGAUAAGAACCUGAGAGCUAUGUUCAAAUGCUUAAGGAGGAAAGAGAAAAUGAAGAUAAAGUUAAAUGAAGUGAAGUGAUUAGGGAGGGUUAAAACAUCCCAUGUUUUUUUCUCAGGUUACUGAUCUUGUCCCCAAGAGUUCCUGUUAUUAGCACUGCCCUACUUUGCCCAGACCCCUCUGCCCCGCCUAUGUGAAGAUUAGUCUCACAGUAUCUGAGACUAAUACUGUCUCAGAACUGAAAUCCACUUCCUGGGAAGAAAAUGGAUUCAUUCCUGCCCUGUUGGAGUUAGACAUGAGGAGAGAGAAUCCUUUCCAAUUCUCGUGGCUCAAGUUACUCUGGUGCAGAGAGGGUGGGCAUCACCAGCAUUAAAGUGCUGGAUUAUGAGACUGGACUACAAGCACUUCAAUCUGCUGAAGGAAGAAAAUGGGAAAUAAGUUUUGCUGCUAUUCUAAACAUCAAGUCCCUCUACUUCUCUCUAGUGGUGAGUGAAAGGACCACCAAUGUUGGCAGAUAACUGGCCAGCCUUACAGCAAUAUCAGGUGGUUAUUAGAAGUUAAUGAAUAAAAAUGUCCUCCGUUUCCUAGUGUCAAGUGGGUUCCUGUAUGAAAUCCUUUUUUCAAAUUUUGUUUUUCUUCACUGUCUCCUACCCAAGAGAUCUCUUUACUCAGGUGGUAGAGCUGAAACCUCUAAAUAGCUGACCCCAUUUAUUGUAUAGAAAGUUUAAAAAACAUUUUUUUUUUCAUUUUCAAUUGCAAGUAUCUGCUUGGCUGUACAGAUAUUACAGGACAUUGGUUCCCAGACACUUCAGUUCUUUACCUGUCUGGAUUCACAUUGUCCUAGAGAGAAACAGAGGCUUGUAACAAAGAAAGAAUUAUAUAAAGCUUCAGGGAGACUAACUAUAUAGAACAAUUAGUGAACAAGAUAAUCCAGCUUUAAUUAUAGUUGCUAACAGCUGAUUCCAAAACUGUUUUGUUACUGCACUCAAAGAGUAUCCAAAGAAAAUUCCUUUCUUAUUUUCUUUGAUAAUUGAAAUGACCAGCAACUUGAUGGGGGUGAUAUAAAUAGUUUAUGUGCUCUUUGUAGGUCCUGCUGCUAAAAUGUCGUUGUUGAACAUUCUGAUUGCUAUAGUGCCUUUCUCAUCUCCCACACACUGACCUUUCAAAUAGAGAUCUAAAUCAAUGGCUUUAAUUUUUAAGCAAUCUUCUCUAUUUUUAUCUGCUUAACCACUGUUUUCUAAAUAACAGAGAAUAAAAAAAUAUAUAAUAAUUAUAGGUUUUAGUGUAAACCAUCCAUUCUUCCAAUGAUGUGAAGGCUUUUCCCUUAUUUCAUUUAUCCUAAUUACAAAUAUUGCUGUUCUUUUAAAUAAAGAUAUUUUGCUUAUUUUUCUCUGGAAGGUACCAGGAUGGAUCAUAUAAGCAACCGUAUUCUAAAAGAGAAUUUUCCACUAAAGUUCUUUAUUCCCUCAUCUCCAGGAGCUAUUUCAGAUGGCUGUGUCUCCUUUCACAUCUCAGUAGAGAAAUGUGCUGUAAGAAAUUAUCACUCUCAGAGAAAUAAGCGUUGGGCUGGGUGCUUCAGGGAGAACCAUAGAGAAUGGACGAGGCACUCACUGUGUCCAAGUGGCAUUUCGAAAUGCCAAGACAGACAGCUUUGACUGUUUUAACAUCCAAUCUAACACUGGCUAUUAGAUAUUCCACUUUGGUUCCCUUAAUACUAAUUCUAGCCAUAUGGAACACAUUUUUUGCCUUUUAGCUAUCCCAAUAGUAGAAAAAGCUAAUUUUUUGUGUGUGUCACCAGCAGAUACUGGGGCAUUUAUAGGUGCUUCACGGAGUAGCCCUCAUUUGUCUAGGUGUAGGAGGGACAUUCAGAAAGAGUCAAGGUUGGAGUUCCCACAGUGGCUCGGUGGUUAAUGAACCCAAUUAGAAUCCACAAAGACGUGGGUUCCAUCACUGGCCUCGCUCAGUAGGUUAAGGAUCCAGCAUUGCUUGGAUCCCGAGUUACUAUGCCCAUGGUAUAUGCUGGGCAGCUGUAACUCUGAUUGGAUCCCUAGCCCGGGAACGUCCAUAUGCCAAGGGUGAGGCCCUAAAAAGACAAAAGACAAAAAAAAGAAAAGAAAAGAAAGAGUCAAGAUUAACUAUUGCCUUGGUCCUACAAACCUUUCCCUUUAAAACAUCCUCUGGCUUCUGAGGUAUCACUUUUUCAGAUAAUAAAAAAAAAAAAAAAAAACUUUUUGAAAGAAAAAUGCAUGGUAAAAACUGUUUAAGGUAGCUGUUUUGUCUGUGUUGACUGUAUAGAGUCUUAAUUCCAUUCAGUCAUUUAAUAAUUCAAUCAACAAAUAUCUGGGACUUCUGUUCAGUUCCAAUACUAUGCUAAGCUCUGCAGACAGAGCAGUGACUAUGGCAUAUAGGCUCCGGUCUUUAUGGAAUUUAGUCUCCUUGAAAACUUGGCUUCUUUAACUGACACUAUUGCAACUUCUUCACAGCCCAGGAGUAAAGUUAAAGCUGUAGAAAAUACCUAACAUUUGAUAACUGUUUCAAUUAUCUAUUGCUGCAUAAAAAAAACCACCAUAAACUUGGUGGCUUAAAAGAGCAACCACAGAGUUCCUGCU